AUGGAGAAUAGUGCAGAAGAUGGUGAGAUUGUGAUAAUAGGAGGUGGUAUAUGCGGGCUUGCAACAGCACUUGCCCUUCAUAGGAAGGGAAUCAGGAGUUUGGUGUUAGAGAGAUCAGACAAGUUGCGAGCUACAGGAGCAGCUAUAAUUAUGCAGGCAAAUGGCUGGCAUGCACUUGAUCAGCUUGGCGUUGCUUCAUCUCUUAGACACACUGCCAUUCCAAUACAACGGGGGAAAACGAUAUUGCUUAGCGAGGCAGAAGAGGAAAAGGAAACACCUUUGGGGACUAGUAAAGAAUUUCGGUGUUUAAAGCGUGCUGAUCUAAUCAAAGCCAUGGCCAAUAACUUGCCGGUAGGAACUAUACGCACGAGCUGUCAAGUGCUUUCCAUUAAAUUAGAUCCUGUCACACAUUUUCAACACCUUACUCUUAGCGAUGGUACAAUCCUUCAAGCCAAGGCUGUUAUUGGAUGCGACGGGGUGAAUUCUAUAGUUGCAAGCAUGGUUGGUUUGCGGCCAGUGAGGUUCUUGCCCCUCUCAACUUGCGUUGCACGAGGCUUCACAUAUUAUCCUGAUGGUCAUCAAUUUGGUGCUGAGUUUGUUAUGAUAAUCAAAGAUCAAGUUCGACUUGGAAGGGUUCCUGUGUCUUAUAACCUCGUUUACUGGUUCGUCACAAGGCCCUGGACUAAUCAAGAUUCAACCAUUUCAAAAAACCCAGUUCUUAUGAGACAAUCUUUAAUGGAUUCACUGAAGGAUUUCCCGGCACACACAAUGGAGAUGAUAAGAAAUUGUGAUAUGAACAUGUUGCAUCUCACGGACUUGAAGUACCGCCCCCCAUGGGACUUACUUCUUGACAACUUCAGGAGAGGGACAGUGACGGUGGCCGGCGACGCCAUGCACGGCACAGGGCCAUUCAUUGCACAGGGUGGCGCAGCAUCCAUAGAAGAUGCAAUUGUUCUAGCUAGAUGCCUGGCAAAAAAGAUGCACAAUAAUGAUGCUAAUAAGAGAGUGCAAGUAGAAGAUAAUACUCUCAUAGAGGAAGCAUUUGAUGAAUAUGUGAAAGAAAGGAGGAUGAGAAUUUUUUGGCUCUCUUUAAAUUCUUUCUUUAUUGGGAAGAAGCUUGAUGCACAAUCCCUCAUAGUGAAAGUGAUUAUCGUUGCCCUCAUUGUUGUUCUAUUUAGAGAUCCCGAUUGGCAUAUCCACUAUCAGUGUGGAACUCUAUGA